AUGCCUACCGCAGGAACAGAUGCAGGGUUGCGUUGCGAAGUGCCCGGCUGCAAGCACGGCAGAAUCUACGCCAGUCCGUCUUAUCUCAAGAGACACAUCAAGUCCAAGCACUACCAGGCAGUCCAGAUGUCCUGCGGCAAAUCUCUUCCCAACCACCGUUCAAACAUCGAGCGCCAUAAGAGAAAAUGCGGCUGCGAAAUUCUGGUUCAGCCUCUGGUGCCCGCUGGGGGGUAUGGCAUUGGUACGCCUAUGAGUGCCACCACCAAUAUCGCGAUGACGCCGACCUUCGAUGACACCUUUGAUAUGGUGUUCAAUCACUUCAACAACGCGUACUAUCCUGUGGACGGUAGUUCUCUUGGGCUCCCUUAG